UGGUUUGAUUUUCUUCAUGAUUCGUCGACACGAUUGAUGAUUGAUGAAUGAAUAGUGAUGACUUUAUCUGAGUUUGCAUUCAGUUGAUUUUCGGAAUUUGUAAAAUAGGAAAGUAAUUUUCUUGUCAUAUAAAUAUGGCUGAUAGUGAUGAUGAAUAUGAUCGUAAAAGACGAGACAAGUUUCGGGGAGAACGAGGUGCCGCUGAAGGCAGCAGUUACCGAAACAGCGACCGACGCGAGGACAGGAGUCGUGGUAGAGAAGAGUGGUCGGAAAGGUCCCGUGGAGGUCGCUCUGGCCCUGACUAUAGAGAUUAUCGAGGAGGAGCAAGUGCUAGCCGAGGAUACUCUCCUGUCAGAGGAGAAGGUCCUCCUAGCAAGCGCAUCAGACCAGACUGGCCUAUAGAUGAAAGAAGAUAUGGUGGGAUGCCUCAUGAUUCUUAUGGCUAUGGCUGGCCUCAUGAUCACUUCGGGCCCCAUCCUGCACACCAAGGCUAUGGGCAACCUAUGCCCCCUGUACCAGCUAGAGACACAGUGUUGCCAUUGGGCGCUACCGAUGGGCCACCCACCAUGAUGUCGUUCAAAGCAUUCCUGGCGGCUCAAGACGAUUCCAUCACCGUUGAUGAUGCCAUCCAGAAGUACAAUGAAUACAAGCUCGAGUUUAGGAGACAACAGCUUAAUGAGUUUUUCGUUGCUCACAAAGAUGAAGAAUGGUUCAAGAUCAAAUACCAUCCUGAAGAAUCUGUGAAAAGAAAAGAAGAACAGUUGGGUGCCUUGAAGAAUCGACUAAACGUAUUCCUGGAGUUGCUGGAGAAAGGGGAACUUGAUAAGGUUUCUGUUGAUAUUGACAAGUCUGACAAGUUGAUUAGACUGCUGGAUACAGUGGUCAUAAAACUUGAGGGUGGGACCGAAGAGGACUUGAAGGAACUGGAUGAGCCUCCACAACAAGAAGUUGUUAAUUCGAAUGAUAAAGCAGAUAAGAUUGAUGCAGACAAGCCUGUUGUCAUUGAUGUAGAUGAUGUGAAUGUAAAAGAAGAAAAAGAGGAGGAGGACAAAAAGGAGAAAAAAUCCGAGUCCCCAAAACCGACUGCGCCUCUUACUAUGGAGAUUGAUCCCCAUUUACGACAACUCCAAGAGCAGGCAAAAUUGUUCUCCCGGUUCAACUCGACUGGAACUGAGUCUGGCGAGCAGGGAGAGGUAGAAGAAAAGGAACCCCCGCCGCCAGGGUCGUCGUCAAGUUCAUCAUCUUCCAGUUCCUCUUCAUCCAGUUCAGAAGACGAGGGAGAAGUAAACAAUCGGCGCAAGUCCAAAUCUAAGUCCAAAACUCCACCACCAGACAAGUCACCUAAGAAUAAAGAGAAAUCCAAGUCCCCGAGUGUUGAGAAAACUGUUGAGAAGACCAACGAUAAAGAAAAGGAUAAAAGUGGUGAUGAGAAAGCCGAAUCGGUCAGCGAUGUGGUAAUCGAGAAGAAACAAUGUCGCGCGUUGCACAAAACUACUUCCAUAUUCUUAAGAAACUUAGCUCCUACCAUCACGAAGGCCGAAGUUGAAGCUAUGUGCAAACGCUACGGAGGUUUUCUUCGUGUUGCUCUUGCCGACCCGCUACCAGAACGUCGUUGGUUUCGCCGUGGCUGGGUCACCUUCCGUCGUGACGUCAACAUUAAAGAUAUUUGUUGGAAUCUUAACAAUAUUAGGCUGCGCGAGUGCGAGCUGGGCGCCAUAGUGAACCGCGACCUGAACCGGCGCAUCCGGCCGGUGUCGGGCAUCACGCUGGAGCGCGGCGUGCUGCGCGCGGACGCGCGGCUGGCGGCGCGCCUGGCGCACCUGCUCGACACGCGCUCCCGUCUGUGGCAGCAGGACGCGCCCGCGCCCGGGGACGAGAACUUUAGCCUGAACUCGAAGAACCCAGUGCUGCACAAGAUCACAGAGCAUUUAAUAGAAGAAGCUUCAACUGAAGAGGAAGAGUUGCUAGGACUAGAAGCAUCGUCCGAGUCACAACAGGCUUCUGAGCAACCAGAUCCCGAACUUAUCCGCGUUCUAGACCGCCUAGUUCUAUACUUACGUAUAGUACACUCCGUUGAUUAUUACAAUCAUUGCGAGUAUCCUUACGAGGAUGAAAUGCCUAACCGCUGCGGUAUUAUGCACGCCAGGUCUGGACCACCAGCGAAUAAGCCGACCCAGCAGGAGAUACAAGACUAUGUGAAAACAUUUGAAGGAAAAAUGUCUGCCUUCUUACAAGACGUCAAGCCUCUUUCUGACGAAGAGCUGCACAAGCUCGGAAUAAAGGAUACUGAUGCAGAAGUGGAAAAGUUCAUCCUUGCUAAUACUCAAGAGCUUGCCAAAGAUAAAUGGUUGUGCCCUCUGAGUGGCAAGAAGUUUAAGGGACCAGACUUUAUACGAAAGCACAUUUUUAACAAACAUGGUGAAAAGGUGGACGAGGUCCGGCGCGAGGUGUCGUACUUCAACGCGUACGUGCGCGACGUGCGGCGGCCGCAGCAGCCCGAGCCCGCCGCGCGCGCGCAGCCGCCGCCGCACGCGCCGCCGCCCGCGCCGUACGGAGGCGGGCCGGGCGGCGGCGCGGGCGGCGCUCGCGGCUGGGGCUGGGGCGGCUGGGCCCCGCCCGCAUACGCGCCCAGGCAUCCGCGCUUCACACGGCCCAGGGGCGGCGGCGGCGGCGCCGAAUUCCGUCCGAUGAUACACUACCGCGACUUGGAUGCCCCACGCGAACCUGACGAGUUCGUUUAACGUGGACCCUUGCAACAACAACUUGCCAAAGGAUACACUAGAUUUAUAACCACCAAUAUACAGACCCCCAGACUCAUGAUCGCUGUAUAUAGAUCUAUGUUAUAAUAGUAAGGUUCACAAAAAAACUAUUUCUCGAAUUAGAUGUAAGCUUAUUCUUAAAAAAGCAUUUCUCAUAUUUUACUGUAUUUUACGAAUACAUAAAUUAUUUCUUAAAAA